GUUUUAUUGCUGUAUUUCACUGUCACUGCCCUCGAAAGAAGAAGGUGGCAGAAAAUGGUGAAAAAAACAGGGAACCCCCAUGUUGCUCACCCUCAAAAUUACAGAUUCAUCCUCGACCAGCCAAAGAAGUGUGAAGAGCAGAAGCCCUUUGUGGUGGUUAUCGUCCCUGUUGCCCCGCAGAACAUCAAAGCACGUAACGCCAUCAGGACAACGUGGGGCAGCGAGGAGCUCGUCCGCGACAAACUGGUGCUGGUUUUCUUUCUUCUGGGCUCAGAAAGUCCUAAUGAAACACUGCAGGAACAACUCCAGAGUGAGAGCCAGGAGUACGAAGACCUUCUCCAGAGCAACUUCCUGGAUUCCUACAGGAAUCUGACCAUUAAAACCUUGGUGAUGAUGGACUGGCUCAGCAGGAAUUGUCCACAGGCGUCCUUCGGAGCCAAAGUGGACGCCGAUGUGCUCCUCAAUAUGAAAAACCUAUUACACAUGCUUGUGAGUCUGAAAUCACUUCAACGUAACUACAUCACCGGCUUAAUAAUGUAUGGAAACAUUGUCUUGAGAGAUCCAUCCAGCAAGUUUUACGUUCCUCACAAUGUGUAUCCUAAAUCCAGAUUUCCUCCGUAUCCUCUGGGCAUGUGUUAUAUCUUUUCUAUGGACUUACCAGAGAAGAUCCUGCACAUCUCGUGGCAUAUCAAACCUAUUUUUAUUGAGGACGCAUAUCUGGGCAUGUGCUUGAAGCGUUUGGGAAUCGCACCAAAGAAACCAGCAGAUAGUGGACAGUUUGUGGUCAGACCACCGCAACGCUUCGAUCGCUGUUACUACUCUGGACGAAUAGCAAUACUUACAUACAGCCAGACUCAGCUCAUUUCCUACUGGAUGGAUUUUCACUCAGCCCAAAGACCCUGCUGAAAAACACUUGUAGUCUAAAUCUCUUUUUGAAGAAAUCAAACUAUAUGUAGUUACAGGUUCGGUUUUCAGUAAUUCAUUUUAAAACAGCAGCCUGUUUGUUUUACCCGAUAGCUGUGUGGAUAUUGUUUGAUACAUUUGCAUACUGAAAGAUCAUUUGAAAUGUAAAACAACA